GACCAUAGAAAGCGCCGCCGUAAUAGGACCACUCAGUCAUGCGUCCAGUGCCACCAUUCUAAACGCAUGUGUGAUCGGAAACGCCCUUGCGGCCGUUGUACCCAACUAGGGCUUACCGGCCUCUGCGUAUAUGAGGUUGACGACCCAAGCCAAGUGAACGAGACAGCAGACGACAAAGCUCGACUACAAAAACGAGUAGCCGAACUCGAAAGCGUCAUUCGCGAAGUA